AUGGCUCGAGGCAACCAGCGCGAUAAGGCUAGGGAGAAGAACCUGAAGAAGCAGGGCAAUGUGAAAAACAAGAACACCCAGACCGGAACCCAAUUCGCCAAGUCUCAAGAAGACGCCGCGGCUAUCAUGCGCGAGAAGCAGAAGAAAGCCGAUGAAAAACGAGCCGCCGAGGCAGCAGCGGGUGGGAAGAAAUAA